AUGCUCUGCUGGGAAGGCGCCAGCGACUACGAUGCACCAGCGACCGCGUCCAGCGCGCUGCCCUCGCAGGCACUGCAUGCCAACACCUUCACGCACUCGAGCCGGAAGUCCAGCGUGCCGUUGCCCUGGAGCACGACCACACAUGCCACGCACAAUAUGGAGCAGAUUUCGGGCCCACCGGCCAAGACCGGCACGUUCUACCAGACGCCCCGCUCGCACCCGUGGCGGCCAACGAUGGGGUACGAGGCGGUGGAAGUGACGCCGCUGCACGAGCAGCCCAUCACCAAUCAGCUGGUCGCCUCGUCCUACUCACCGUCGGCCAUGUGUGCCGAUCCCGUCACCUUUCCGAACCUGGUGACCGGCUUCGAGCGGAACCCGCAGCAUGCGGCCCGCUCCGCCCUCUACACGCGCUUCACGCCCAACGAGUGGACCACCUCGAACGUGUGCACGUACGCCGACGCGGACAAGAACCGCAACUACUCGGAGAAGGUGCGCUCGGAGGCGGUGCGGCUGAUGCGCGAGACGGACGAGAAGACGUCCCAGGGGCAGCGGGACGCGGCCCGCCGGCUCGGUGAGCGCAUCACCGACAUCACGUUCUGGCGCAACGAGCUGACGACCGAGCUGGAGAAGCUGAUCGCCGAGUCCGCCCAGCUCACCGACACGAAGCGCAACGUGCAGAAGGCCCUGCAGGACCUCGAGCCGCCGCUGCACAUCGCCCAGGAGUGCCUGUACCACCGGGAGUCGCGCAAGGGCAUCGAGCUGGUGCACGACCACGUCGAGAAGAGUCUGCUGGUGGAGGUGGACAACUUGCGCGCGAGCCAGGAGAAGCUGUCCCAGCUGCUGGCCAAGAUCACCAAGCAGCUGGCGGACUGCCGGGCGGCCCAACACUCGCUCGAGGACGACAUCAGUCACAAGGAGUCCGCCCUCGGUAUCGACUCCAUCUGCCACCAGCUCAACAACUACAGCCGGGGUAUCAACUACUAUGGCGGCAUAGAAAAGUACGAUCCGACCGUCAGCACCCCAGGCACCUGGUCCGGUUCAAGCAGCACGCGAAUCAACAAUUCCCACUCGGAACGCUCGAAAUCCUGCCAGCUGCGCAGCGACGCGGAAUCACUCAUCAAUGCCGUCGCCACCUCCGUCUGGGAUUGCUGGAGCAACACGAACAACGCGUUCAACAACCGGGCGUCGGAGAUGCUGGAGGCGAAGAGCAAAAUGCAGCUACAUCUGCACAAGACCCAACAAGAGAUAUUUGACGUUGAGAAGCACAUCGAGCUGUUGCGCAAGGCGAUUAACGACAAAUCAAAUCCGAUGAAGGUAGCGCAGACGCGUCUGGAGGCGAGAGCACAUCGUCCGGGAAUUGAAAUGUGCCGCGAUAACGCACAUCUGCGUCUCGUCGAGGAGGUGUGCACCAUUCAGGACUCGGUUGCCACUCUGCAUCGCAAGCUGCAGGAGGCGGAAGCGCAGCACCAGCAGCUGCUGCGGACGAAAUCGCAGCUCGAGAGCAACCUGAAGCAGAAGGUCGAUGCGCUGUUCAUCGAUCGGGAGAAGUGCAUGGGGCUGCGACGCUCCUUCCCGGUCAACAAUACCAUUAAAUACUAA